GGUGGGACUUGGAAGCGUUGUCGUCUAAACUUCGGCUGGCGAAAAACACAGAAAAUUUCUCAGUCGGGAAGUCCGCAGAGCAUGACGACGCACUGGAUUGUGCAUCCACUGCGCAGCUGGCUGGGCUUGAUGUCGAUCACGAAUCUUGGUGCCGGCGUUCGGUGCCUCUUGGAAGAGGACUUCCUGCGGCAAAGGCUCUUCACCAAGCUCAAGUGCGGGGAGAUUGAGCGGUGCCCCGAAAUGGAAAGGACGUUCGCCUUCUGGUCGCUGUACAACGGCGUUCUGGUUCUACACUGCAGCAUCUUCCUCGAACAGCCAGCCGUCUACUCCGCGACCCUGUGCUGCCUGGCGGUGUACCUCGUCUACUUCGGCAACGAAAUGUUCAUUCAUGGAUCCAUAUGCAUGGCGGGAAAAGCGGUCCUGUUUCCUGUCUUGCUCAGUGCCACGUUGGUGUGGAUGCUGGUGGCCCGCCAGUACAUCUGGGUGCGCCGCCGUCACGAUGCCACUGACACAGAGGAGAACGAACAGUUGGAGGAGCGGCUGUCUCUGCAGAACAUGCGUAGGCUGCGGAAGAGCCCGGCAGGCCUCCACCACAUCCUGACUGACCGCCUACGCUUUCGUCCGGGAGCCGCCGGUUGCCGGCGGCUGCCGCCCGAGGGUGCGCCUCAACACUCCCUCUUCCGAUGAAUGAACGCGUGCGACUGUACUGCCACAUGCACUCGUCGUGACCACUGACCGUUGCGACUGACGAAGCUCGCCACGUCCUAGGUGAAGCUUGUGGGCAUAGGCGUGCACAGGGUUUCUAGGUGAUGCGCUUCUCGCAAUGAUCAUGGCUUUCCUGAAGUAAGAUGAAAAGUAAACAGACCUUGAAUUGCAACAUCCGGGGCCUUCGACCACUAUUGCAGUGAGAGGCCUGUGAUGAGUAAGCGUACGGGAAAGAUUAUGCUCCCCCUCCCUCGUGCGCACGCCUAUACCUCUGGGCGAACCAACGACAUUGAAAAAAAAUAAGGCAAAAUCUGUUCUCGUGUUCUAUAGUAAUAACAUGCGUUUCCAUGUUACUGGUUUCCUUGAGAAAUCCCAAAAUCUUGACAUUUCGUUGAGAGUUUUAGUCGGGUACAACAAUUCAUGUAGGAGAUCAAGUGGCAUCACUUGAUCUCCUGUAGCAGGGCACCACCUGAAUAUAACAUGUUUCUGAGAAUAAAUUCAUAGAGAGGGCAAGUGCUAGCUUCAUUUUUGCCUGUAAGGCAUAGCUAGAGCUUCCAAGCCAACAUUUUUUAAAGCUUACCUUAUUGGCAUGUUCGUGCUCAAUAUGAGUACUGUUUGUACUCUAAAUGGCGCCAACAAGGUGGAGUAGCACCCAUGUGGAAAAAAAUAGGUGAAAUAAGCUCACUCGGUUAGCAGUACUUUCUUUAACAUCUGUUGGUGACAUUCUUCAGGUUUGGGGUCACUUUAGCCAUGGCCAGCUUGUUCUAGAACAACGGAGUACUAGGGCAGUAGUCGACGAUUGGGACUGUGAUGGGAGAACACAAGAGAGGCGCUCGUUACAGUCACUUUCUCUCGCCGUGAACCUUCCUCGGAGAGGUGCCAACUUGCCCGGCUAGCUUCUUUACUGCUAGCUGUUAGACAUGUGGCAAGUCGUUACGCUUAGAAAGCGUUCCAGUAAUACUCAUCAUCGUCAUGACCAGACUCGCCGUGCAUUUAAUGAGCAGACCACUAGUCGAGCAGACGUUACCACGUUUGCUAAAUUGAUCACAAGGCAAGCUUAUGCAGAUGCAUGUACAGUUCAGUACGAAAAAAAAGGAAAUUUAUAUUUAGAGGUGAAUCAGCCGCUGCAGUUUCCUCAACUUUUUUGAAAUCAUAGUGCUCAUAUGUAGUCAUUAUGAUAUAUAAUUUACGUUACUUUUGCGCCGUGUGUAUGCAGCUCUGGAUCACCUUGAAAGAAUGGACGAUCAAGUCAUUUGAAGGACUGCGUGGCAUAUACGAAGAUUAAAAGAAAAAAUCUAAAGUAACCGCUUGUGAGUGUGCUUGUUCUGUGACGACUUGCCGUCGUGAACAAGCGUUAUUAAUCUCGCCUGUUCCUUUUUUUUUCUGUGUAUGAAUAUUUGAGGAGGAUGUGACGCCUAUUCAGUCUAGUCAGAAAGAGGCAGCAUGCCAUAGCUGAGCAACAGUUGUGUAUGUAAAAUGAGACGUAAAAUGUAUGUAUGCAUGUGUUUUUACAAGAUUGUAUCAACAAUAUUUGUCAUUGCGAGUAUGUGAACGGCCAGUCGAGUUUCCUUGCAAACGGGUGUAAGUGAAUUGACCAGGGUCGGUGCCAAGAGGCGGGCACGAUGAGCUCCUGACCCGUCUAAAUUCUCCCCUCCAUUACCCUCAACAGCAAACUUAUAGGUUCAGUUUGACUGCCGUUGUGUUAGAUCGUAUGUUUGUGUGGUAGGCUUAUACAUACAUACAAAAUGCAAAUAUUGUGUGUGAGAUGGGGCGAACCCCCAAAGCAUCCCCCUGGCGACACCACCGUCUCACACAGAUGACACCACAAAGUUCCUUUGUCCAUUCCACACGUCACAGCGUACGCCGUCAUGUGAUUGGUUGGCGGAGAGCUCGUGCUGCUGCCGUCAGACCAUCUUGAUUCAAGCUACAGCUAUAUACAUCGCGUGCUUUAGCGUAACAACUCUGCAAAAUGGAAGCUCGUUUGUGUCCUUUAUCACCCAGCUGGGCUUCAUUUUCAGUGAUCGAACGUAAGUCGCUUUCACGAAUAUUGAAUAUCUCAGCUGCCCAACCUUAUAAUCAAGGUGAGGCGCACACUAUGAAGGAUUAGCAUCAGUCAUAAUAGCUGCAUGCGAGCACAGUAGUCAUUUUUUAUGUGCGGCAUCAGCAGAAUGUACGUGCAACACUGGGUUGGAUCUUUAAUCAUGUGAUAGAGGGUAUUAAGCAUUUGCAUCUGUUUUAGUGUAAUGUGUCAUCAUUCACGGGUGUAGAGGAUAAUGUUACGCAUGUGUGACGUAGAAGCCAGCUGUUGUGUUGGUGAUGCCAUAGGUGGUACAGAGCCCGUAAAGUUAUUAGCCGGUAAUUCGCAAAAUCACAGUAAACUGAAUAUGAAUGGUGCAAGGACACGCUCAAACUGCCUUUCUCUGCUCAUGAUUUGGUACUGCCAUGAGACAUCUUGCGAACUGGACUUUUGUUUCUCAUGUUGGAAGUGAAUACCUGUCUUUUAACCCUGAGUGUUUUUUUGCCUAAUCGGUGAUGGUUAAAGUAUAGCAAAGUAAACCUUAAUAUUGAAGUGAUGUGUGAACAUGGUGAAGUGACUUUUUUCGAAAGUGUAUACCUGGUCAACGUGUAACCUAUGUUAGUACAGCCACCGAAUAUCUCAAGUGCUAUGGGUACACAGAAAAUUAUUCCUCGCAAUAAAGUUCUCCUUUGAGUGUCAA